UGAAAGAAGAGGGAGAGGGAAGGCAAAGAAGAAAAUAGCUGGCACCGAGGGUCGACCGAGAAAGCCCGCCCGAGGUUCCCGAUCUACUUGUAUACUCUGAAGAGGGGGGCCACUCGAGACAGCGCCGCCACCCAAGAGCUGCAUAGGCCGCGACGGACGCGUGAGACGCCUCUGAACGGGCGGGAUUUACCUACCAAGCUUCCUCGCUUCGGGUCCACAAUCUCGGCAUGGCUCAUCAUAGGAGUGAGUCUUGCUUGAAACUCACGACAACCGUCUCCGUUCUGCUUGUUCUGUUUCAAGCCGGCAACGCCCAGAGUAACAUAGCGAGCUACGCCGGCCGGGUUCUAAACGAUGUCUUCAAGCCGGAGAAGUAUGACAAACAAGUACGACCGGCCGGGACCAACGAGUCGACGGGUCCCGUGGUGGUCGUCACCAACAUGUUCGUCCGUUCGAUAGAGGACAUUGAUGACAAGGAUAUGACGUUCGACGUGCAGCUGACGUUCCGCCAAAAGUGGAGGGACGACAGACUCAAGUUCAACGACCUCGGCGGUCAGCUCAAGUAUGUCAUCGUGGAGGACACUCACAAGUUAUGGCUGCCAGACCCGUUCUUCUCGAACGAGAUCAGCGGAUCAUUUCACAACAUCAUGAAGCCGAAUGUGCUGGCGAGGAUAUAUCCCGACGGCAGCGUGCUCUACAGCAUCAGGGUGUCGCUGAAGCUGUCGUGUCCCAUGAACCUGAUGAACUUUCCGUUUGAUAAACAAACUUGUGGAAUCGUAGUAACAAGCUAUGCUCACACGACGGAAGACAUAGUAUACCUGUGGAGACAAAGUGAUCCUGUUCAAGUGAAGAGGUCUCUGCACCUUUCGAAGUUCUCUCUGACCAAGUUCACGACAGACUACUGCACGUCAAGGACGAAUACAGGCGAGUACUCCUGCCUUCGACUGGACUUUACGUUCGAUCGGGAACGGAACGGGUACAUGGUCAACGUGUACAUCCCCUGCAUAAUGUUGGUCUUCGUGUCUUGGGUCGUUCUCUGGAUCAACAACAAGAACACGGCGGUGCGCGUGUUCGUGCCCCUUGUCGUGCUGCUGGUGAUGGCGAUGUUCAUAUCCAAGCUGAACCAAGAGGAGUUUCCGCGUACUUCGUACACCAAGGCCGUGGACACGUGGACGGGAAUCUGCCUCACUUUCGUCUUCCUCCUGCUCAUCUACGUCACAGCGGCCGAUUACGUCAUUCGCGUGACUCGAGGGGAACAGGAGUCUUCGCAGAGAGACGAAAGCAAGGUUGAAGAAGCGGGCAAGCCGGCUCCUGGAACGGCUAAUAAGUCCUUCUAUGAAUCUGUGAGGUCAUGGAUGCACCGACCAAGAUCCACGCCGGACAAGAUGGAUGUCGUGGCACGGAUCGUUUUUCCUCUGUGCUUCUUACUGUUCCUCAUCAUCUACUUCAGUGUCCACGCUGGAUCGAACGCCGACUAGUUGCGUACGUUUAUUCCGAGCUCACCUCGCCAUACGGGUGGUGUUCGAAAACUCUGCGUCUGACAUGUCUGCGACGUCGCAACCGCUUCCGGGGCCCGCAAUCUGCAGAAGUAAAGCCUUGGAGAUGAGAUUUGAUUUCUGAGAGAAAGAGUCGUCACUGGCGUUCAGA